ACUGGUUAAUCUGAACUGUCGCGGCGGCUCUCUGUAGACUGAACCGGGGCCGGUGUGCUGUGAUAUGGGCGUGAAUGAGUCCCUUGGGAAGCAGCCGGCGGACCGGUGGUGGUGACGGUACCGGGAAGCUGGACGUGCUGUGGUCCGUGUCCUACCCGCUGCUGGCCGGGCUGUCCCUGCUCCUUCCGCUCCUGUUCUGGCUGCGGAGCCGCAACACGGCCGCUGUCAGAGCCGAGCGCCGAGCCGCGGAGGAGCCUGGCGGCGACACCAGCAACCGGGAGCGGGGAGGCGGCACCGGCAGCCCGGAGCGAGGCGACCGGGUCCGCAGCCACCACGGGCGGGCCUUCGAGUUCAUCUCUGCGGCGCUGAGGAUCGAUGAGGAUGAGCAAGGUAGCUUCUUUCUCCCAUUCACACCAAACUCCGUUAGAAAAUCUAUCAUCUUUAACGUGGUUUUGUUCAAUAAACAUGUCUUGCACCUUUUUGUAAAAUUCAUAAAAUAUGUUCUGCUUAAUGUGUGUGAUGCAUGCCGAAUGGGAGUUCUGACCAUGAAGGCUUUGUAUCGGUACAUUUGUGCUUGCAGUGGCAGCUGUGCGUGUUUGUUUCGUGCUAAAUUAAAAACGAAGAUUUUUUGCAUUGAGUUUGGCGUGGGGAAAUUGGAACGAGAAGUCUUCGUACUGACACAAAGACACAAUGUUUACGACCGACCCAAGUCUCUAGUGGAGGUUCUCUCCGUCUCUGGCGCUCAGACGUACAUUUACAGCGACCGCUCUAGCCCCGCCCACCGCCAGGCUCCGCUGCGUUCAGGUACGUCCGGCCGGCCCGGCGCCGUCUCCAGAAAGAGAGACUCUGCUAACCUCGCACCAACCGGCCGCCCUAAGCCUUCCUGCUCUUCCUCCUCGCUGGGUCUCCCUCGCUCCGCGCUGCUCGGCUCUCAGCGCGCCCCCGCUGCCCACGGGAACAGCAACAGUAAGGGGAGAACAAGUCGCCGCAGCACCACCGUCCGCUCCCCCCCCCCACCGCUGGAGAAGAAAGACCCGAAGAAGAACCUGAAGAACGUAGACGGGAAGCUGGCUGACCUCAUCCUGAACGAGAUCGUGGACAGUGGGUCCUCCGUCAGAUUUGCAGACGUUGCUGGGCAGGAUUUGGCGAAGCAGGCGCUGCAGGAGAUGGUCAUCCUGCCGGCGCUGAGGCCCGAGCUGUUCACAGGGCUGCGGGCUCCAGCCAGAGGACUUCUUCUCUUUGGUCCUCCCGGCAACGGAAAGACCAUGCUGGCUAAAGCUGUGGCAGCCGAGUCCAACGCCACCUUCUUCAACAUCAGCGCCGCCAGCUUAACCUCCAAAUACGUGGGUGAAGGAGAGAAGCUGGUCCGAGCUCUGUUCUCCGUGGCCAGAGAGCUGCAUCCCUCCAUCAUCUUCAUCGAUGAAGUGGACAGUCUGCUGUGUGAACGGAGGGAGGGCGAGCACGACGCCAGCCGUCGCCUCAAGACCGAAUUCCUCAUCGAGUUUGACGGGGUCCAGUCGGGUGGCGAGGAGCGGGUUCUGGUGAUGGGCGCCACCAACCGGCCCCAGGAGCUGGACCAAGCUGCUCUCAGGCGGUUCUCUAAGCGCGUGUACGUGGCUCUGCCCGGCGAGGAGACUCGCUUCAGUCUGCUGAGGAACCUUCUAGAGAAACACAGCAGCCCGCUGACCCAGCUGGAGCUCCAACAGCUGGCCAGAAUGACAGAGGGCUACUCCGGCAGUGACCUCACCUCAUUGGCUAAAGACGCCUCCCUGGGACCAAUCAGAGAGUUGCAUCCAGAACAAGUGAGGAACAUGGAGGCCAGCGAGGUGAGGAACAUUUGUUUCCGAGACUUCGUGGAGUCUCUGAUGAAGAUCAAGAGAAGUGUCGGCGCUCAGACCCUGGAGCUGUACGCUCGCUGGAACAGAGACUACGGAGACACCACAUCUGGAUGAGGUCUCAGAGACUACAGAGACUCCACAUCUGGAACAGAGACUACGGAGACACCACAUCUGGAACAGAGACUACGGAGACACCACAUCUGGAUGAGGUCUCAGAGACUACAGAGAC